AUAUAUUUGGUCAAAAUUGUAGAUUUUGGGCAAAUUAGUCUAAAACCCUUGAUAGCUGUUAAACCCUAUAUAGAAACAAAACUACAACAUUCUCUGAACUUUCUUCCACUAUCGUUGACGGCGAUGGCUGAUUCUUCAACCAAUCCAAAGGAUCAUCAAAAUUCACGUCUCUACCAUCCCUACCAGCACCUCAACAUUCCCGUCGAUAAACUCUACAACCUCCCCACCUCACCGGAGCAUCUUUUCCCCGAAGAAGCCUCCAGAAAGCACCGUUCAUGGGGCGACAACCUCCAGUACUACACCGGAACCGGAUACCUCUCUGGCUCGAUCAUCGGAGGAACAAGAGGAACCAUUGAAGGUCUCAAGGCUGCUGAGGCAGGUGACUCUUUUAAAAUCCGAGUCAACCGUGUUCUUAACUCGGGUGGUCAAGGAGGUCGUAGACUCGGUAACUCGCUUGGGGUUUUGGGGUUGAUCUUUGCAGGAUUGGAGAGUGCUAUGAUCCAUGUUAGGGAUAAGGAUGACUUGGUUAAUAGCGCGGUUGCUGGACUCGGUACCGGAGCGCUUUAUAAGGCUGCGGCGGGGCCUCGGUCGGCUGCUAUUGCUGGCGCUCUCGGUGGAAUUGCGGCGGCUGUGGCAGUUGCCGGGAAACAAGCUUUGAAACGAUACAUUCCAAUUUAGAUUAAAUUUGAUUGUAAUGUUGUUGUUAAUUUUAGUGUAUGUUUGGAUUGACGAUGAAUUUGACGAAAUUUCAAUGGUUGUAAACCAUAAAUUCAUGUAUUUAAAUUGAAGCAAUCAGCUUAAAGAAUGAUGAAGUUUAUAAAAUUAA